AUGGUUCCCACACCGGGGCUACCAAAUUCCGAUGCUUCAAGAUCCCAAACCUGGACCGCUGGUUCGGAUGGCAUGCCCGCAUCAGGAUUGGUGGCAGGUCCGGGUGCAAGCGUGGCUGCUGCUGAUGGUGCGGCUGCCAGCGCGGGUGCUGCGUUGGGGACUUCUACGGGCCCUGGUCAAGCUGCGGCGAGAGGAGGGAGAGAGGGAGGUGAAGUUGCUUCGGGCAUGUCAGGGUCAGGAGUGCAGGCAGGUGUGGGGGUUGGUGUGGGGGUAGGGACGGGCAGAGUCAUGGGUCAACGUGGUGGUCUGGCUGACCUGGCAAUGCCAGGGUACCUGCCACCAGGCCCUUCCAUCCCAUCCGGCCCAGCACAGGCGGGAGGGGCAACGGAGCAGGCAGGUCGGGUGGGUGGCGCGUCUCUCAUGAUUCCCACGCCUGGCGGCCCUCCCGUGAUGGACGCUGGGGGCCUCACUGCCUCUGCUGCUCGCGACGGCGCCUUUCGUGGGGCUGGGGCAGCAGGGGGGGCGGGUGGGGCAGGUGGGGCUGUGGUGGACGGUGCUGCUGUGGCCGGGACUGGUGCCGGUGCUGCUGGCGUGGGUGGUGCAGGCGGUGUGAUGGCGCAUCAGCAGCACUCACGUCAGCAGCCGCAGCAGCACCCGCAUGUUAAGGGGAACGCGGGAUUUCCACAGCGGAUGCAGGGUGGAAAAGGGCCUGUGGGCUCACAGCAAACGCAGCAGCAGCAGCAGCAGCCCUCCGGUUCAACACCCGGUUCGGGAGCAACAGGUGCAGUGCUGAAUGGCGUGCCUGCUAGUACCGAACCUUCUGCCAAAGCCACUGCAGCUGCAGGAGCAGCGGCGGGAGCAGCGGCAGGAGCAGGGGCAGGAGGAGGAGCGACAGCAGGAGCAGGGGCCGUGGCAUUGGUGGAAGCGGGAGCAGGGACGGGAGCAGCAGGGGAUAUAGCAGCAGGAGGCGGCGCGAUCGACCCCCAGCGGGCCAUGCAGUACCAGCGGCAGCAGAAGUGGUUGCACACGCUGCGCCAUGCGUCUCGCUGCAUCGCUGCCAACGGCUCCUGCAACGUGGGCGCGCACUGCCGCGUGUUUCGAGAGCUCUGGGCCCACUGCUCCCGCUGCAAGGACCCUGAGUGCGCUUACCCCCGCUGCGUCCCUUCCAGGAAGCUUCUCCACCAUCACCAGAUCUGCCGGGAUCCCAAGUGCCCCGUGUGUGGGCCUGUGAGGCGCGCGUUUCAGCAGCAGAUGCUGGCGGCGAGAGCGAAUGCGGCGGCUGCUGCGGCUGCGGCGGCUGCCGCUGCUGCUGCGGCUGCGGCUGCAGCAGCUGCUCCUGUAGUGACUGCUGCAGCUGAUGCCGCUGCGGGUACUGGGAAUGAGCGACAGGACGGGAAAGAGGUCGAGGCAGAGGCAGGUGCCAUUGAUGGUCAAAUCACGACCGUGCCUGUGGCGGAUGGAGCAGUUGCGGUGAACGGCGACGCUUCCAAUGCUGCAGCAGCUGCAGGUGGGCAGGGAGAUCACUCCACUGCUGUGCCGGUUGUCACCACUGGUACCGCCAAGCCUGCACCUGCACCUGAAGACACAGCCACAGGCAAAGGGGCAUCUGCCAAUGGAGCUUCGGCUCCUGGUGUUUCUCUGCCGCUGGGUCCUGCUGCUGGGGCUGCAGGGGCUGUAGAGAGGGCAACACAAGCUGGUGCUACUGCCGCAGCCAGUGCUGCUGCUACUGCUGCUGCCAGUGCUGCUAGAGCAGCAGGAGCAGCGGCGGCUUCAGGCUCAGCUGGUGCCACGGGUGUUGCUGGGUCGGCCAUUACAGGGCAGAAGAGGCCGAAUGAGGGAGCUAGGCGCGGGGAGGGCGGGGUGGCAGAGGCAGGGCGGGAGAAGGAGAGGGAGAAGGAGAAGGGGGCAGGGGCGCAGCCGCUAAAACGAGCCAAGCUGGAAGGCGGGGUGGGGGGUCUAAAGGCUGCAGGUGGUGGGCCAAAGCGGAGCUCUGGCGUGAAGGCAGAGGCUGGCGCUGCUGCAGCAGCAGGAGGAGGAGUGGGUGGUGCUGGUGGUCCUGGCGGUGCUGCUGGUGCUGCUGGUGGCGAGAAAGAGAAGCCUGAGAGGCCUGUUGGUGCCAAGGCUGGCAAGGCUGCUGGCAGCAAGAUGCAGGGAAGUGCCAAUGGCGCUCUUGCAGGGAGAGCGGGCGCACAGGCUAAGGCUGCUGCUGCCGCUGCUGCUGCUGCUGGUGGUGCUGCAGUGAAGGCAGAGGGAGGGGUAGGGUCAGCAGGGGCAGGGGCAGGGCAGGUGAAGGCGGAGGGUAGGACUGGGGCAGGUGCGUCUGGCGCGGGUGGUGCUGGUGGCGGCGCAGCGAGUGUGAAGGCAGAGCCUCGGACAGAAGAUAGCAAGGCGCUUGUCCCUGCAGGUGGGGCAGGAGCAGUCACCACCUCAGCAGCAGCUGCUGCAGCAGCAGCAUCAGCAGCGGCAGCAGCUGCGGCGGCAGCAGCGAACAACAAGAACAUGAAGAGCAAAGGCGUGGGCACGUCUCUAACCGAGCUCUUCACCCCGGAGAUGAUCCGGCUGCACGUGCGGAGCCUGAGGCAGUGGGUGGGGCAGAGCAAGCAGAAGCAGGAGAAGCUGCAGGCGGCGCAGCAGCUGCAGCAGCAGCAGCCGCGGGACAGCGACUGCCGGCUGUGCUCCGUGGAGAAGCUCUUCUUUGACCCGCCGCCCAUCUACUGCACGGCGUGUGGGCGCAGGAUUCAGAGGAACAAGGCGUAUUAUGCCACGCCGGGCGCGGGCGACCAGCGGCAGUGCGUGUGUAACCGGUGCUAUGGGGACUUCCGAGGGGAUGCGAUCACGCUGGAGGGGCUCCGGCCGAUUCCCAAGGCUAGUCUCACCAAGAGAAUUAAUGAUGAGGAGACAGAGGAAGCGGUAUGUGCAUUUCUUGUGCAUUUCUUUCUCCCUGGUCCUCCCAUUUGGUUUUCUCCGUUUGAUCUUGCUGGCUCCCCGUCCCAACCUACUCUCCCUGUUCCCCCCUCCUUCCCUUGUAUGCGCAAUCUGCUGUGCGACACGUGUGACCGGUGGGUGCACCAGUGGGUGCAGUGUGACACGUGCGACCGGUGGGUGCACCAGUGGGUACAAUGCGACACGUGCGACCGGUGGGUGCACCAGGUGUGUGCGCUCUUCAACGGGCGGCGCAACGAGGGCGAGGCGGAGUACACGUGUCCGCUGUGCUGCUGCGAGCAGAUGGAGCGAGGCCUCCGGGCGCCUCUCCCGCCCUCCACCGUGCUCGGCGCCCGAGACCUGCCCCGCUCGCGCCUCUCAGAUCAUUUAGAGGGGCGGCUGGCGAAGAGGCUGGCGCAGGAGAGGGAGGAGAGGGCCAGGCAGCAGCGGAAGAGACCAGAUGAGGGGCGGCUGGCGAAGAGGCUGGCGCAGGAGAGGGAGGAGAGGGCCAGGCAGCAGAGGAAGAGACCAGAUGAGGUGGAAGGGCCGGAGGAGCUGGUGAUACGAGUGGUGUCGACCGUGGACAAGAGGAUGGAGACUCUUGCAUUGACUCUGAGGUUUUCUCUUGUGCCUUCAUUCUCUGCGUAUCUGUGUGUGGUUAUGCAGGUGGAAGGGCCCGAGGAGCUGGUGAUCCGAGUGGUGUCAUCGGUGGACAAGAGGAUGGAGACGAAGCCACGCUUUCUCAACUUGUUCCCAGAUGGGGAGUACCCCAAAGAGUUCCCUUACAAGUCCAAGGUGGUGCUGUUGUUCCAGCACAUAGUGGGGGGGGAUGGAGGUGUGCCUCUAUGCCAGUCAGUGAGCCCUCUCUUUACACCCGCUCCAUAUUCUCCUCCUCGUCCCCCCUCCCACUUCCUCCACAACGCUCACCAGGUGGUGCUGCUGUUUCAGCGCAUAGAGGGCGUAGAGGUGUGUCUCUACGCCAUGUACGUGCAGGAGUUUGGUGCCGACUGCCUGCCGCCCAACCACCGCCGCAUCUACCUCUCCUACCUCGACUCCAUCAAGUACUUCCGCCCUGACGUCCGUACGGUCAACGGGGAGGCCCUGAGAACGUUCGUGUACCACGAGAUUCUGGUGAGUGACCUUGCCUCUAGGCGCAGGUGUGCUUGCUUGCUGCUAGGUGCUGGUGAAUUUCCUGGUUCAAGCCAACCACCGCCGCAUCUACCUCUCCUACCUCGACUCCAUCAAGUACUUCCGCCCGGACGUCCGCACCGUAUAUGGGGAGGCCCUGCGGACGUUUGUCUACCACGAGAUUCUGGUGAGCAAUCUUCUCAGUGCACCACCCUCUUGCCAUUCUCCAUCUACCUCUCCUGCCUCCACUCCAUCAAGUACUUCCGCCCGGACGUGCGCACUGUCAACGGGGAGGCCCUGAGCACAUUCGUCUGCCAUGAGAUACUGAUCGGGUACCUGGAGUAUUCCAAGAUGCGUGGCUUCACGAGUUGCUACAUCUGGGCGUGCCCGCCGCUCAAGGGCGAGGACUACAUCCUCUACUGCCACCCCGAGAUCCAGAAGACACCCCAACCCGUCAAGCUGCGCGAAUGGUACCUCACCAUGCUGCGGAAAGCCACGGCAGAGAGCAUGGUGGUGGAGGUGAGCAACCUCUACGACACCUUCUUCUUGUUCAACCGCCUCUCUCCUACACCUCCCUUCCAUCCCCCUUCUCCAGGUAUCUCACCAUGCUGCGCAAGGCGACUGCAGAGAGCAUGGUGGUGGAGGUACCUCACCAUGCUGCGGAAAGCCACCUCAGAGAACAUCGUGGUGGAAGUGAGCAACCUGUACGACACCUUCUUCGUGCAGAUCGGGGAGUGCCGCGCGCUGCCCUCCGCAGCCCGCCUGCCGUACUUUGACGGGGACUACUGGCCGGGCGCCAUGGAGGACGAGCUGCAGAAGCUGCUGGAGGAGCGCGAGGAGGAGAAGGCCGGAGGGAAGGGGCCCAAGAAGGCAAAGAAGAGCAAGGCUUCGAGCAAACGGGGGGGCGGAGGGGGCAGGGAUGAGGAUUUGGGGACGCCUGCGUCCCUGGACAAGCAGCUGAUGAGCAAGCCCCUCAUUGCCUUUCCUUCCUUGAUCAUGCUCCCUCUUGUGGUCGUGCUCUCUCGUCUAUCUGCUUUCCUCCUUGCUGUUUCCGUCUUCCCGCCCCAGUGUUCCCACCAUCCCUGCGCAUUCCUCCUAACCAUUCUCCCCCCCCCCUCCCCCUCCCCUCGAUUCCUCCCGCCCAUUCAUUCCUUCCACCCAUCCAUCCGCCCAUCCCUCCCGUCCAUUCCUCCGCGCGCUCAUGUCUCCCGCCCGUGCAGGUGUUUCAAGCAGGAGGAGCGGCGCAGCCCCGUGGACCGCCACCCUGUGCUGCUCAAGGAGGCCCACCAACUAGCUCCGCGCCUCAUUGACCCGCCAGUCCCCUUGGAAACAAAGGAUCCCGACGAAGUGGUGGAAUCAGAAUUCUUUGGCACACGCCAGGCCUUCCUGUCGCUGUGCCAAGCUCUCCUUGCUCAUGCCACUACCUGCACCCCCUCCCGUCCCCCCCACCCCCAGCGCCCCAUCGACCCGCUAGUACCAGCAGAAACAAAGGACCCAGAGGAGCGUCCCAUCGACCCGCUGGUUCCUUCCGAAACAAAGGACCCCGACGAAGUGGUGGAGUCGGAGUUCUUUGACACACGCCAGGCCUUCCUGUCGCUGUGCCAGGGCAACCACUACCAGUACGACACUCUCCGCCGCACCAAGCACUCCUCCCUCAUGAGGCCCAUCGACCCGCCAGUCCCUACGGAAACAAAAGAUCCGGAUGAAGUGGUGGAGUCUGAAUUCUUUGACACGCGGCAGGCGUUUCUCUCUCUCUGCCAGGGCAACCACUACCAGUACGACACGCUGCGCCGCGCCAAGCACUCGUCGCUCAUGGUGCUCUACCACCUGCACAACCCCACCGCGCCCGCCUUCGUUGUCACCUGCAACGCGUGCCAGCGCGACAUUGAGAACCGGCAGGGGUGGCGGUGCGAGCAGUGUCCGGAUUAUGAUGUGUGCGCCCAGUGCAAGGACACGUGUGGACACCCGCACCCGCUGGUGUCGCAUGCGAGCCAGCCGGAUAGGAACGCGCAGAGCCAGGAGGGACGGCAGCAGCGUAUCAAGGAGGUGCGGAAGAUGCUGGAGUUAUUGGCUCACGCAGCGUCCUGCCGCCCCCAGCCAGGCACGGUGUGCACGUACCCCAAGUGCAGCAUGGUGAAGAUGCUGUUCCGCCACGGCACCAUCUGUGCCGGAUCUCAAGGAGGUUCCGGCGGUCAGACUUUUGAGGCGCCUCUAAAGUCGUCUAUAUGCCCUUUCUCGUUGCCCGUUGCCCUUGAUGAUCUAUUCUUUCCGCCCACUCGCAGGGAUCUCAAGGAGCAUUUCCGGCGGUCGGCACAGCAGAUGGAGUCGAGGCGGCGCAAGGCUGUGCAGGAGAUGAUGAGGCAGAGAGCAGCGGAGGCGGCUGGAGGGGCGCUCAAAAGAUGA